AGUCACUUAUGGCUGUACAGUGCGCCUGCAAGACGGCAAUACGCAAUGCUUGACAUUAUAUAUUAAAAUGAAAAACGGGUGAAAGACUGUUAUAGAAGAAGCUGAUGAAACCAGAGGAAUAUGAAUGAGGACCAAAUCUUUUAAUUUUGAGGUCGUGGCCCUGGUCGUGCUGUCCCUCAUCCCGUGGCCGGGCCCCACCGUCUUCAAGAUCUCCUGCCCCCGAGACCACGCAUCCGUCGUUCGGAGGCUCGUGCAGAAGAAAUGGCUGCCGGUGCUGGAGAAGUUCCAAGUGAAACUGCCGAUCGAGUGCCCGUUCCAUCCAGCCAGGGACAUCUACUGGCCGCAGCAGUCGGCCAAACAGCAGCACCGCUCGUCGCAGUGGACGUGCGGCCUCUGCGGGAAGUCGUUCUAUGAGGAGCGAUUCCUCGACCUGCACUUCGACAACAGACACAAGAGCCAGAUCAACAUG